CAGUUUAAGGAGGAAUAUAGGAGCCAUUAAUCACCAUGUCUAAUGUUUUCAGCAUCCUGCACUCUUUGUAAUAUAGAUGUAUUUUUAGGCCUCUGCACCUUUAUUAAGGAAGAUCCAGGAUACAAUCCUACAGCAAAUUUCUUGUGCUCUGAAGAAGGAAGGAAUGUCCUAUGCAGGGGUGCUUGGUGCCAAAAUAAUGCUGACAGGGCAGGGUCCUAUCGUUCUUGGGCUCAAAUGUACCUUCCAAGACUUUGAAAGUCAGGUUCUUCUGCCGCUACUGGAAACAGAUCUGUAUGAAGUGAUCCAAUCAGCCAUUGACGGCCAUCUUCACAGGCGCGUACCUGUCUGGUUGCAAGAGCUAUGCCUGGUCCCUGCUCCUAGGCCCACAUCUGGCCCCCUGGCAGGGAAAGAACAAGAUGGGCAGAAUGAUAUGAGCUUGGAGGGGCUACAGUCCUGUGUUGCAUCUGCUUCAGCACAACAGAAUCGUGGGGCAGUCGCUGACUUUGCGGGAGCCGCCAGAACACGGGAAACGCACCCAAAGGACCGACAGAAACCAGAUUUUACAGCCACAGCAAUCAGUGAAGUCCAUUUAGAUGCAGAGCAAAGUGGGGAGGCCGGUAAUGGGUUUCUAACUUUCUUUUACUCUCCAAAUGUUAUGCUCCCUGCUCCAUUGGCUCCUAGGCAGGGUCAUUAACUCUGGCACUGAUACAGCAAAUGUCAUCCUGGUGGCACCACUAUAAAAACUGCAUUAUUGUCAGAAUCCAUUCAU